AUGACCAAGACAAAGGGUACUGCCGGAGUUACUUUUGCGUGCCUGGCGGCAGCCGUGCUUGUCCUGGCGGCGCUUGUCCACGAGGCAGCGGCCGUGACUUGCGACCCGAUGCAGCUCAGCCCUUGCCUAGAUGCCAUAACCGGGGGCGGCCCCCCAUCGGCCGAGUGUUGCAACAGGGUGAAAGAGCAAGUGCCGUGCUUAUGUGACUACCUAAAAAACCCGAUUUUCAAACCUUAUAUUCCCGGGGCCAAGAGGAUCCUCGCAGCUUGUAAGAUUGCCGCCCCAAAGUGCGACUAA